AACCCAGCCCUGGUGUCAAUCCAGUGUUCAACGAAGCACAAGAGAGAUGUUUGUAAUUGCUGGAGCGUCGCGUGCACAUUACAGCUUCGGGGUUGAUCAUCGAAUACCUCUACGGGCCGACAUUCAUCCCGGCGAAUCUUGGCGACCGACCCCGCCAAAAGUUGCCGCGAAUUACCCACCACAACUCGCAGCGCCGAACCCCAGAGCACCCCACACUGUACAAUGCCGUACCUCAAGACCAGUACCGAGUGGUACGAGCAGUCAUCGCUACUACUGAAAGCCAGACCGACAAGUACACGAAUCACAUCCAAAUACACCGUCCUGAAACCCUCAGCUUCGAAGAUAAAGAAGCGCGAAAAGUAUGCCGCCAAGCAAGCAGCAAAGCCCGCAGACAAAUCACGCACAUCGUCACCGCCGCCGCAAUCGAACCCUGAAGAAGUCACAGCGACCUUCGUUUUGAAGACGUACGAUCCUGUAUCAGGAACAUGUCUGCAGUAUGAGACAACAAAAGCAGCGGAAGUAGGGCGAUUAGUUAGCAGUCUGGGGAGGCUAGGGAGGGAAAUGGCGGCGCUGCCAGAAGCAAUUGAGGACUUGAGUGCGCCUCAGGAUGCUGGUGUUGCGACACCGAAGGUCGAUGAGCAAGGGGAUGUGAAGAUGGGUGGGGUACCGGUACCCGCGGCCACAGGGACAGGAGGCGGAAAGAAGAAGAAGAAGGGCAAGAAAUGAGCGUCAAUCAGCGACCGAGCAAAAGACAUCAAGAUCCCAGGACACAACGAGCAGCAAGCGCGCGUGGGCGACCACGUGGCCUGACAGCAGACCCCUAUCGGCCAGGACGGAGAGCGUCGAGGAUGGAACAAUCUUGUCGAAAGUGUAGGGCACGGCGAACGGGGAGAGUGGAAGCGCCGCGCGGCUGGAAGAUACCUGGGUCCACUCAAGCCAACAAAGACAAUAUGACACCCAAAACUUUCAUUGUCUCUAUUUUGACGAUCCCUCUUCGUACCUCACCUUUCUGCUGA